AUGGAUGCAGUCGAGAUUACAGGCUAUACCUUUGAACCACCGUCUCAACUCGAGGGUCUCGAUAGCAUUGUGAUCGCAAAUGGUCAACGAAUAUAUGAUAAAUUGCCAGUAAUAGCAAAGUUAUCUUGUCAGACUCUUCGACUUGAACGAGAAUAUCAUAGUAUAAUGCAAUUUUAUAACCUUCCAGAAGCCAGGACUAUGCUUUGUGAGCCACUAGAAAAGAUUGUACUGCCAAACGGCUGGGUAGCUGUAAUCUUUGUGCGGUAUGGGAAAAAUCGCCUAGAAGCAUUACAGCCAAUCACUACACAAACGCCUGCCUCAGACAGUAUAUCCUUUGCUUCUCAUCCACCCCUUUCCUUGGAUGAUUUCUUUGAUUUUGCAAUUCAGGCUUGUAAUUGUCUUGAAAUAAUACACAAAAACCAAAUCGUGCAUGGUGAAAUCAAACCGGCUGCAUUUAUAUGGCCUGAAAACGAUAGCCUCAAGAUCUGGAACUUUGGUUCUGGAGUACGUAGCCUAGAAACAAACUUGACGUCUGAAGGCUGGCGAAAAACUGUCCACCGGACAAGUGCGUCCAAUCUUUGGCAAAUCCUGAUCUACAUGUCGCCCGAACAGACCGGUCGCACCACAUUUCAACCCGAUCACCGCACCGACCUUUACAGCCUCGGCAUCACCUUCUUUGUCAUAUUGACCCAAUCCUUACCCUUUGCUUAUAAUAGUCCCAUGGAAAUUGUACAUAGUGUUCUUAAUCGCCAAAUUCCAAAUGUUCAUAGUUUUCGUGAAGAUGUACCUCCAAUCUGCUCACAAAUAAUUCAAAAAUUAACCCACAAGUCACCCGAUAAACGAUACACGAGUGCUCAUGGGCUCAGAGAAGAUCUCAAAGAAUGCCAGAAGCAAUUAAAAGCUCACGGGAACCCACAAACAGUUACGCCAUUUAGGCUGGGAACUUCAGAUAUUGCUUGUGUUUUUACACUUCCUGCAGGAUGUUUUGGCCGUGAGAACGAAAUGGAAAUAAUUAAUGGUAUUAUUCGUCGUGCAGCAUAUGUGUGUAAUCUUGAACGACGACGACGUCUUCAAGGCUCGACAUCAUCCCUUCUCGUACCACUUGGAGACUCUAUUCACAGUACUAGCAGUAGCAGCUGUAGUAGUAUUAGCAGCAGUACACCAACGAAUACCACUACCACAAUAACGGACUAUAUUCAACCUCGACCUAGUACAUCUGCUCGAACACGAACUACGUUGACGCAUUGGAAAAAACCUACGGAAGUCGUGGCUAUCUAUGGUGUAUCGGGGGUUGGUAAAUCAACCUUGAUUCGCUGUAUGCAGGAGACAGCACAUGAAUACGGCUAUGUGGCAGUUGCAAAGUUUGACGUACGCCAACCAACACCUUAUGGGUGUCUCCUGCGUUGUAUGAACAUAUUUCUAAGGCAUAUACUGGCUGAGCCACCUGCCGAAACUGAAGCAUUCUCGGAAAUGCUAAAACAACAUCUUUGGCCCCAGGACAACCAACCCGCAAUCUCUUUACCAGAUCUUUUACUUGACAAUGUACCGGAAUUAUCUGUAAUUUUGGGUGACUACUGUCCUGUCGAGCGUGAUAGUGAGGCAGACAUUAGUGGAGGCGAAAUUAAAGCAAGAUUUCAUUCAGCCUUUAUUGCAAUAUUCCAAGUAAUGGUUAACUUCAAGUUUAUUACUCUUUUUCUCGAAGAUCUGCAUCAAGCUGAUGAAGCUUCAAUUGAACUACUCGAAUCGCUCAUAACCGCUCGUCUCAACGUACUUGUUAUUGUAUCCUACCGCCAGGGCGAAUUAUCUGAAUCCGCACUUCGACUUGUUUGCAACGAUGAUUCAUUGGUGACCAAUGUAGAACUAAAAAACCUUGAUCAGGAUGCACUUAUGGAGUAUGUUCGUACCGCCAUGCAUCGUCACAAAGACCUCGAUACACAACUAUUAGGUCCUCUCGUAGAAUUUAUUUAUAGAAAGACAAAUGGAAACCCAUUCUAUGUUGGCCAAUUGCUUGUAGCCCUCGAAAAAAAGGGGCUUUUAUAUUUCACUUGGGAACAAAGACGAUGGGAAUACAAUCUCGACGGCAUCAAAAAAGCUGUUGUUCAUGGACCGUCUUUGGAAACCGAUAAAGACCAUGACAUUGAUAACGAAUUCUUGGUUCAGCGUCUAAACGAACUUCCGCCUGACGGCCGUACUUUUCUCAAAUGGGCAUCUUUUAUUGGAAAUAGCUUUUCGUAUGAGGCAGUUCACUAUUUAAUGACAGCUCCAGCAGAAAAAGAUAGCCAGAGUUUGCUGAUGGUAUCUUCGGAUGAUAUCUUGGCCCGCAGGCGACCGUGCGAUGCUAUUAACGGCCUUCAAUCUGCUCUCCAACAGGGGUUUAUACAACCAUCUUCUAAUGACGAGUUUCGCUUUUGCCAUGAUAGAUAUUCACAAGCAGCUAUGGCCCUUGUUCGUCCAGAGAGGCACGACUGGAUGCAUCUUCGUAUCGCAUCUUAUUUUAUAAACCGCCCGUGUGCCGACGCAUUUUGGGUGGCAGAUCAUAUUCAAGCUGCUAUUACCUUAAUUCAACGAUAUGACGCUAAACACAAACACCGUGCCGCUCUUACGCGCGCUGGAAACCAAGCAUACAAGUCAGGAGCACACAAUAUUGCUUUCUCUUACUUUGCUUCUGCUAGAGAUUUACUGGCUCCUGAACCUUGGGUUGACGGUCCAGACAGUGAAUACCAAGAAACAUUACACAUAUAUAUACGUUUAGCCGAAAUUAGCUGGUUUAUGGGUUAUAGCAUGACACUCGAUCUUCUCAAGACUAUUCUUGCCCAUGCAAAAACUGCCACUGACCGUGCAGCAGCAUAUCGUAUUCAGCACCGUUAUUCAUGGGUCCAUGGCGAGCACCAAGGCAAAGCUCUGAUAUUACUUGAGUGCUUACAAGAGCUAGGUGUUGAGCAAAUCAAACUGGAUUUAUCAGAUGAAGCCCUGAAAGAACUAUAUGACAAUACUUGGAUGGCCGUAACUACACUUGGUAUUGAUAAAAUAUCCGAAUUACCGGCUUGUAAUAGCCACCUUGUACGUACUCGACUUUCUAUUCUCGAAGAAUUGUGUCUUUGGGCAUUUCAACGUAAUGAAGUCAAGACAGUUCUGAUAGUAGGGUCUCGUCUUAUACUCAAGACCAUCAGAUGUGGAAUAUCGCCUACAACAGGAGUCGGGUUCGUGUUCUUUGGAAUUGCGUCAAUGCAUCUGUUCAAGGCAUACGAGUUUGGACAGCAAAUGGGCGAAGUUGGUCUUGGACUUUGUAAAAAAUUUGGUGGUAAUUCAGAAUUGGCAACUGCCAAUUACCUUUACGGUACAUUUCUAAGCUCAUGGAAAAACCACUAUCGCGCCGCACUACCUAUGUUUCGACAAGCACUAAAACAAAGCCUGUUGAGUGGGGACCGUUUGUAUGCGAUAUUUUCACACAUCCAGAUUGUGAUGGGUAUGCUUCUUUCGAGUCAUCCUUUAGAGGAUACACUGAAAGAAGCUCAACUGUGCGCUGAACAGGCCGCACUUGCACACCGACCAGGGAGCACGCCGCUCUAUAUUACGACUGUUAUUCGGGCAAUUCGAGCGUUUCAAGGAAAGACUAUGUUGACUGAAGACCGCUUAUUUGAUGAUGAUACGUUUAAGGAAGAGGCAUUUGUUGCUGAAAUGAGUGAAUAUGGCCAUACAUCGGGAUUGCCAAUGUAUUGGUAUUUUGCAAUCAAACUUAUUACAUUGACUGUUUAUGGAUUCGACGAAGCUGCAAUCAAGAUUGGUGAUAAAUACGCUCAAUUAUCAGUAAUCCAACCAUCAUUUCGACACACUCAUCUCAUGCUUUUCUGCCAUACGGUAUCAAUGUUGCGUCUUAAACGCAAAGACAAGAACAGUUCAGACUUUGAUGCCUUGAUACAAAGAAAUCGAGAUACUUUGGCCGAAUGGGCUCAUCAGUCCCCUAUUAACCUGGCCAUGUUUGUAUCUCUCAUCGACGCCGAGCUAGCUUCGUUCUCUGACGACCGUAAAACUGCCCAAGAUCUCUAUGAACUUGCAAUCCGACAAGCCAAAGAAGGAGAUUGGGGGUCUGAGAUCAACAUUAUGUAUGAGCUUGCGGGUGAAUACUAUAUCAGGGCAGGAUUGGGGCAAAUUGGUAUGAUGCUAAUUGAAAAGGCCGUAGCUGGUUGGCAGUUACGUGGCUGUCAUGGAAUGUCUCAAUAUCUUGUAAAACGUCAUGGGUUACUAGCCGAUUAUGAUAACAUGGUUGCCGCACGAGAUGUCGAGGUUCAGACGGAACCUCUACAUAUGUCUACACCACGACAGUCUUCAUUCGAUGACCUUAGCUUUGUUGCAACCUGUGCUGAAAAGAGUGUAGACGAGCAUGCCACACCAGAAGAAAUGCUGAUGACAUUGGAUAUGGUAGAUCUUGUGUCUAUUCUCAAAAGUAGUCAGAUUAUCUCUAGUGAGAUGAACUUUGAACUCUUGAUGGAGCAGAUGCUUGGUAUAAUUUUGGAGAACUCUGGUGCUGCUUCUGGUGUUAUUAUCAUCAAAGAGAAUUCAUCAUUUUAUGUAAUGGGAUGUGGAUCUCAGUCCAAGGGUAACUAUUUCAGAUACUGCUGCGAGAUUUUCAAAACACCACAGCCACUUUCCGAAGAUAACGAUUCACUGAUGACUCGCGUGGCUCAUUAUGUACUUCAUGCACAAGAAUCUAUGUUAAUUUGUGAUAUCCAGAGAGAUCCACAUUUCUCCGAUUUUGCCACUACACCUGUAUCAAUAAUAUGUACACCAAUUACACACAAAAGUGCAGUUGUUGGAUGCAUUUACAUUGAAAGCGCAGUAGGAUCACUUACUUCGCGACAUGAAAUUGUAAUGAGGCUACUAUCCCAACAAAUCGGCAUCUCAGUCACCAAUGCUCUUUUGUUCAAGAGUAUUCAAAAGGUUACAUAUGCCAAUGUCAAGAUGAUCGAAAGUCAAAAGGCUGCACUCGAGGAAGCCCGACAGAGCAAAGAAGCUGCUUUGCGCGCCAUGAAACUUAAGGCGGAUUUUUUGGCUAAUAUGUCUCAUGAGCUGCGUACUCCAUUCUCAGGAUUCUAUGGUAUGAUAUCGCUUCUUUCUGAAACGUCACUGGAUGCCGAACAGACAGAUAUCGUAUAUACUGCCAAAGAGAGUUGUGAAAUGUUAUUGCGUAUAAUUGAUGACCUAUUGAACUUCUCUAAACUCGAGGCUGGAAAGGUUGUAUUGGAUCUUGGACCAAUGGUAGUCAAAGAAGUAAUUGCAGACACUAUCGAGAUUCUUAGUUCAUUGGCGGCUCGAAAGGGACUCGAAUUGGCUUAUAUUGUUGAUGCCGAUGUACCAGAUACAGUAAUUUGUGAUUCGUCUCGUUUGCGUCAGAUAUUGACCAAUUUGCUGGGCAAUGCGAUCAAAUUUACACAUCAAGGUGGAGUGGUGAUCAAGUGCAUGAUAGAUGAUGCUGAGUCGCAGGACGAUUCAAUUCAUCUCAAAUUUGAAGUUUUGGAUACUGGUAUUGGAAUAAACCCAGAGCAACAGCGCAACCUUUUUGAGCCAUUUUCGCAGGUCGAUGGCAGCACUACUAGAAUGUACGGUGGCACUGGUCUAGGUCUUUCGAUUUGUCUGCAAUUGGUCCGAUUGAUGAUGGGCACUAUAUGCGUAGAAUCUGAGCCCGGGCAAGGUUCUAAUUUUUGGUUUACUGUAAACGUAAGCCAAGCAAGCGAGACUCCCAAAAACUCGAGUGAUUGUGCAGCCAUGGCUGCACUCUAUAGCAAACGUUCCUUGUUAUUGGCAACGCACCAUGAUCCUACUUCUUACAUGCUACAAUCUUUACUUCCGGAAUUUAAAGUCAAGCGUACAUCCGAUGUCCAACAUGCGAUUGCCUUGGCUCUCAAAGAACAUCACGACAUUUUAUUGCUCGAUGUUCCACCUAUUCCAAAUAGCUUUAUUGCCCACCAACUCCAGAGCAUAGAUGACGAUCCAGAGUGCGAUCUUCAUAUUAUUGUACUCUACACACCUGCUACAGAAGGACACAAGGUUGCUGCAGAAGCAACCAACUCAGCAUCUGAACGACGUGGACGAAUUGUUAAAAUGGCUAAACCCGCAAGACGAUCUAAGCUUCUCAAGUUAAUUGAACAGGUUAUCGACCAUCCACGGCAGAGUCCACAGCCCACUAGAAAAUCUCCUUUGAGCGGAUACAAAAUGUCAGACUACUUCCAAUCAAACGAACUUGCAUAUUUCUUGCAAAGACCAGUUCUUAUCGCUGAAGACAAUAUGGUUGCUCAAAAAUUAUUAAGAAAACAGCUCGAAAAAAUGGGAUUCAAAGUAGAAAGCGCAAAUAAUGGCGAAGAGGCGGUUCAAUUAUGGGAGCAAAGGCCACCAAAUUAUUUCUGUAUUGGGUUCUUUGAUCAUCACAUGCCAAAGUGUGAUGGCGUUGAAGCAACAAAAAGAAUUCGCCACAGUGAGACGAUGGCCGAAGCAGAAGGCACAACGCGAGGGAGAUUAUCAAUUAUUGCUUUGACAGCAGAUGUUCAGACCUCAGCGCGUGAUGUAUGCUUUGGUGCGGGUAUGGACGGCUAUCUCACAAAACCUUUGAUCCCAAAAGAGCUUUCAAUUAUCUUACAACAACUUUACCCACGAUCAGAACUAGAGUCUGAAGUAAAGGAGCUAUCAUAA